UAGCAGUGUCUACAAAAGGAAUGCUGCUGUUGUAACUUUUGGGGAAAAGCCACUUGGGUCACAAUUAAGAAGCAGCAGCUGCUGUUCUGGUCUCAUUUGCCAAAGAGAGGGAGAAAGAGAGGGAGGGAAGUUAAAAAGAGGCUAAGCUUUCCCCUGAAAACAUGAUUCAACUCAGGAAGCCAAGUGAAGAAACCAGAGAUUCCUCCACCCCCAAGUCAGUAAUCACCUCUACCCUCUCCGCCAUGGACCUAAAAGCCCCAACAUACCUGCAAGCUUCACCUGUUUUCCCAUCUACCAAGAGGGAUUCUCUUCAAGGGGACUCAAGCUUUUACUGCACCAGCAAAGAGAAUCCAUUUGCAGACACCUUCUCUGAUCCUCUCUGCAACCUCAACCUUAAGGAGACUUCAGAAUUUGUGAAGGCUUUCCCAAUGACCACCAAGAGCAGCAGUGAUAGCAGGGGCUUCCUUGAGGUCUCAUCUCAGAGGAGAAGACAAGGGGUGAGCUCGGUGGGGCAGAGAAGAUUGGAGACUCCCUCCACUCCUGGCAGGCUAGUCUUCGGCUCUAGUCCUGGUCAUCUCUCCAGGAAAAGCAUUCCUUCCAAGUGGGAUGAUGCAGAGAAGUGGUUGAUCAAUAGCUCCUGCCAUGAAUCACCAGUCCAUCCACCAAAACCACAAGAACCAUCAAUAGUUUCCAGGCAAAAUGAUGUCUUUCAGCAGAAAGGUGAUGUCUUUGCAGAGAAGGCGAGGCUUAGUUUGGAGAAGGCCCCAAGCGCCCCUGUCCCAAGCUUUCAUGGGACAGUGAUGCCUCUAGACGCAAAUGUAGCUUUUCAUGGAGCCUCAUCAGAAGUGCUUCUGAAAGAUAAGUUUACGGACAAUGUAGAACCAAUCUUCCAAAAUUUUCGACACUCGGAGCCCACUAAAGAAAGCUUUCUGUUCAGAAGCUCAUUCUGCGAACCCAUGAAAGAUGCGGCGACCGAAGUAAUUGCCGAGGUUCUUCGCAGAGAUGUUGGAACAGAGAUGACUCCUCUAGGUAGCUUGACCACGUCGAGAUGCCACACUCCUAUUAAGAGCUCUUCACCGGCAAGACACAACACUCCAGCUAGCAGGUCUGGACCUUUGUUGCCUUGCAACACCAGCAUUGAUAUCUCUGAACUCAAGGACUGCCACUUUGCCAAGCUUGAGCUCAGUUCUCAAUAUGAUUCUAUGGUUUCAAAUUGGAGCUCAAGGGAAGAGGAGGAAGUGGAGGUGUCACAGAGUUUGAGGCAUUUUGAGACAAGUGGUGGGAGGAAGAGCAUUGCUGAAUCCAGAGCUUUAGCAUGGGAAGAGGAGGAGAAGAGCAAGAGCUGCAUCAGAUAUCAAAGAGAAGAAGCAAAAAUUCAAGCCUGGGUAAAUCUUGAGAGUGCUAAAGCAGAAGCACAGUCUAGAAAGUUGGAGGUGAAGAUACAGAAGAUGAGAUCUAGUUUGGAAGAGAAGCUGAUGAAAAGAAUGGCAAUUGUUCAUAGAAGAGCUGAGGAAUGGAGAGCAGCAGCCCAGCUGCAGCAUUCACAUCAGUUGCAAAAAGCCUCAGAGCAAGCACAGAAGAUGAAGUCACAGCACAGCUCUCAUUUCUCUGGCCACAGAUCCUGUGGCUGUUUUCCCUGUAACAACCCCCUCUAAAACAAACAUAGCGAAGACUGUUUCCUUUCCAUCCCAAUACCCAGAACCAGAACCCUUUCUUUUCCUUAAAUGUUUCCAGAGCCUAAGAAGGCAGCAGAAGGGUCCACUCAUGACUGGAUCUGGUCAGUUUCUUUCUUGUUUUAUUCGAGGGAAGAAAGCUGGUCUGAUGGACUCCAAAUUUGUAUUUUUAUAAGCCUCAUGAGGAUCACAGACAGAUGCUGCUAUUGCCGUUGGAUUGGCAUUUCUGGGAUAAAGAAAGUGUGACAAGGGGAAAUAUUGUUGUGGGAAAUCUUAUCAUUUUUAGUGAGCUAAA